UGCUCGCCCACUACCCGCCAUUUCCAUCUUACUCCUGCGCCACCACUCAACCUCCUAUAAAACCCCAACCACACCACCCCCCCUCUUCUCCCUCCUCGCCAAGGAGGAGCGCCUGCGCCGCCUCUCAUCGGAUCUCCGAUCGAUCUAUUGUUUCUCCGGAAAACUGAAAUUAGUUGCAGUAACAAUGCUAUUGAGAAGCGCUUCGACUCCGCUUCUGAAUUCAUGGCUGCCCAAUCCGGCGACCGGAUCCGGGUCGCCCGAACCCGAGACCCUGCCCCAAUUGACCCGAGCCCGAUCGGUCGGGCUAGUGAUGAUGUCGUGCGAGGACGGCAGGUGCAAUUCGAAUCGGAGCGCGGCGGAUUCCGAUCCCAGAGAUCGGAGGAGGAGUUUGAGGUUUCCGGCGGCCGGGAAAGCGUCGAGGUCUGUCAGGGAGAAGGACGACGGGCGGGAGAAGGGCUAUAUUUCGCUGACAAGCUUAGGGUUGGGCGCGGCGGCGGCGGCGACGGAGGAGGGCUGUGCGGCGGCGCCGGAGAGAAAGAGGGUCGCUGUUCCUCAAACGCUGGUGGCUGGCGGCGGCGUUGUGGGCGGUGGAUUGGGCGGGAUUUGCGGCGGCGGGAGAGGUUCCGAUGACGGGCAUUCGAGCUCGCCGGAUCCCGGCCGGGAGUACGGACGCGAGAGCACGAACGCCUACUACGAGACGAUGAUACAGGCGAAUCCGGGGAAUCCAUUGCUGCUGGCGAAUUAUGCGAAAUUCUUGAAAGAGGUUAAAGGCGACUAUGCCAAAGCAGAGGAGUAUUAUGGCAGAGCAAUUCUGGCGAAUCCCGCCGACGGAAAUGUGCUCUCGCUCUACGCCGAUUUGAUAUGGCAAACACACCGUGACGCCGAUCGAGCCGAAGCUUAUUUCGAUCAGGCCAUUAAAGCCGAUCCCGGCGACUGUUAUGUGCUGGCUUCUUACGCUCAAUUCUUGUGGGAUGCCGAGGACGAGGAGGAGGAUGAGGAGGAAAACCAACAGAAGACAAACCACCGAAGCAGUUCGAAUUCGAAUUCGCAAUCUACACAGUUUUUGCGCCAAGAAUCGCAAUGGCCACCGCUGGCGGCGGCUUCUUGAACACUCUUAACAACAUCGUUGUCGUCGUGUUGCGGUUGUCUGUGAGCUGAUAGAUUUUAACACUGUCUUGUUGUGUUGUGUUGUGUUGUGUUGUAAAUAGGGUAGAACAAGAAGAUGAUUCUGACAGUAAUAACACAGCUAUCUAUAAAUCUAUGGAAUCUUAUCUCGAUAUAUAUAUAUAUAUUGUUGUAUUGUAUCCUUGUUCUUGCAUGAAUGUGAAUAGUGAAUAAUGUGGAA